AUGGCUCUCCGACGCUAUUUUCUCAACCCUUUCAGCAGGCCGCGUAUAAGACCCUAUAUCCCAUUAUCCUCACGCCGUCUCUUCAGCGCGGAAGCCGUCUCACAUCCCGCCAACCGAGUCCAAGUGUACAUAUCACGGGCGACAGACCCUUAUCUCAACCUGUCCAUUGAGCACUUCUUACUGCAGAAGUCGCCUCCGGAGUCCGUCGUCUUAUUUCUCUACACAAACCGUCCCUGUAUUGUCGUCGGCCGCAAUCAGAAUCCAUGGGUCGAGGUUAAUCUGGGACUUCUUGGUCCGGGGAAGAGUAAUGUCGUUGACGAGAACGACGAUAGUGAAGGCCCAGUGCUUCUCGUGCGCCGGCGCUCCGGGGGUGGUACCGUCUUCCAUGACUCGGGCAAUGUGAACUAUAGCGUAAUCUGCCCGCCGGCCGCAUUUGAUCGGAACAAACAUGCCUUCAUGGUUGUGCAAGCGCUGCACUCUCUCGGUGUGUCCGGAUCCCGUGUCAAUGAGCGGCACGAUAUAGUGUUAGACGUUCCCGGGCAGACACAGACACAACCGCAAACGUUCAAGAUUUCGGGCUCGGCUUACAAGCUGACACGCCUACGCUCUCUUCACCAUGGCACGUGCCUCCUACAGUCGCCCAACCUACCGCUUGUAGGGCCGCUCCUACGUUCCCCCGCAGCCCCCUUUAUUAAAGCGCGAGGUGUUGAAAGCGUGCGUAGCCCAAUCCGCAACGUAGGGGUACAGGAUACGACCACUUUCGAGGAGGCCGUCGUCGCUGAGUUCGGCGCUAUGUACGGGAACGUUGAUCCCGAGAUUAUUUGGGUAUCGGACGCCGAGGAAGCUUUGAAUGACGUUCAAGCUAUCGCAAAAGGAUAUGCUGAGCUCAAGUCCCUAGAUUGGAUAUACACACAAACACCACAAUUUACCUUCUCCACGCACCCAACCGAAGAUGACCCUCGUCCCAGGCCAUCUUUACCAGACAACCUCCCCCCAGAUUUUCGCGCAGCAAUGACAGUACGCCACGGACAGAUCACCGAGGUCUCCGGACAAGACCUACCAGCGUCUCUUGAAUCGGCGUAUCUCCACCAAAUCACCGACUGGCAGACCAAAGUCGACAACGAGCAAGUUGGGAAGUGGCUCAACAACUUAUUCGGGGUUAUAGACAAAAACUAA